UUCUUCAGCCUCAGUCGCUUUACACCGACCACUCACUACAAUGGAACUCCUGCGAGCAGUGUUGUGCGUGGUGCUGGUGGCGGGCGCGUCGCAGGCGGGCGUGGUGCCGGCAGCGCCUCUGGUGGCGGCGCCUGCAGCCGCAGCCGUGGUGGCCGCCGACUACGCGGACGCCUACCCGCAGUACCAGUACGCGUACACGGUGCAGGACUCGCUGACGGGCGACGCCAAGGCGCAGGAGGAGGCGCGCGAGGGCGGCAUCGUGCGCGGCAGCUACAGCCUCAUCGAGCCCGACGGCGUGCGCCGCACCGUCAACUACUACGCCGACCCCGUCAACGGCUUCAACGCGGUCGUGCAGCGCGACUUGCCCGCCGUCGCCGCCGCGCCCCUCGUCAAGGCCGUCGUCUGAGUCUCCACCGGCCCGCGCUGCUACACGGAUUCCACGUCUCACUACUUUCUUACCUUUGUAUUACUCUUUUUGUAUUCCGUUUCUAGU